GAAACAGCAGUACCAGACCAGGCUGGUAUUUGGUUGACUGACCACGUCCUGCUCUGCACCAUGAGGAAGGAUAGGCUGCCCAGCAAACCAAGCAUCUUUCUCCUUCUCUUCUUCUUCCUCCCUGGAAACGCUUCUCCCACCACAGAACCGCAGUACAUGGUACUAUUACCCUUUCUGAUAUCCACUGGCACUCAUGAAAAGGUCUGUGUUCAGCUGACCCACCUGAAUGAGUCUGUGACGCUGAGUGCCACACUGGAGUACCAAGGGGAAAAUAGGAGCUUGAUUGAUGAUGUGGUGUCAGAGAAGGACGUGUUCACCUGUAUCCCUUUUUCAGUUCCAAAAUCAAAUAGCCAGUCACAAGUCACAUUUAUCACUGUGCUGGUGAAAGGGGCAACACUGGAGUUCAGAAGCCGCAAGUCAGUGCUGGUCAAGAAUUCUGAAAGUUUAGUCUUUGUCCAGACAGACAAACCCAUCUACAAGCCUGGACAGACAGUUCUGUUCAGAAUUGUUUCACUGGAUGAAAACUUCCAUCCCUUGAAUGAGGUGUUCCCACUGGUCUAUAUUGAGGAUCCCAAGAAAAACCGCGUGUACCAGUGGACAAAGGCAGAGUUAAAGGGAGGGUUAAUCCAGAUGUUCUUCAACCUCACCUCUGAGCCCAUCCAAGGGACCUACACAGUUGUGGCACAGAAGGUUUCGGGGAAAACAAUCCAACAUCCCUUCUCUGUGGAGGAGUAUGUGCUGCCGAAAUUCGAAGUAACAGUGAAAAUGCCAAGGGUGAUCAGCAUUCUUGACGAGCAGCUGAAGGUGACAGUUUGUGGUCUAUAUACCUUUGGAAAGCCUGUUCCUGGCCUUGUGAGCUUCCGUGUAUGCCGGGAUUUUGAAUACCCAGCCACCACCUGCUAUGGUGAAGAGGCAAAGGCAGUGUGCGAUGAAUUCUCUGGGCAGACUGACAACCAUGGCUGUGUUUCUAAAGUGGUAAAGACCAAGUUAUUCCAGCUCAAGAGAACUGGAUAUAAGAAUAAGCUCCAUGUGGAGGCUAAGAUUAAAGAGGAGGAGACAGGAGUGGAGUUGACUGGAGCAAGCUUCUCUGAGAUCACAGCCACGAUUAGCAAAAUCACCUUUGAGCAGACAGACUCCCACUACAAACCUGGAAUCCCCUUCUUUGGGCAGGUGAAGCUAGAGGAUGGAUCUGGUACUCCAAUUGCCAAUGAAACCAUAAGGAUUUCUUUAAACGGAGGCCAGGAGAACAACUACACAACAAAUGAAGAGGGCCGAGCAUGGUUUGCCGUGAACACUUCCAUGUUUUACUUCGAUUCUAUUGGAAUUAGAGCAACUCACAAAACACAUUCCUACUGCUAUGACCGUUCCUGGGUUAUUCCAUAUUAUGAACAAGGAUAUCUCCAAGUACAGCGCUUUUACUCCCCCAGCAAGAGCUUCCUCAAAAUUGAGCCCAAGUCUGAGACACUAAGCUGUGGCUCCACCACGGAAGUACGGGUGCACUAUAUCCUUACACCAGAGGCCAUAGGAGAGGAGAAGAAAAUUGUCUUUUACUACCUGGUGAUGGCCAAAGGAAUCAUUAAGCGAGCAGGCACCAACACUCUGGAUUUGGACCAUGAAAGUGUCAAUGGAGUCUUCUUGCUACAACUGCCUAUACAAGCUGACAUUGCUCCAGUGGCCCAAAUAUUUGUCUACACCACUUCCCCCAGCAGGGAGGUUAUCGCUGACUCAGCCAAGUUCAAGGUGGAAAGAUGUUUCAGCAAUAAGGUGGACUUGAGCUUCUCUCCUUCUGAAGGCCUGCCUUCUUCUGUCACUCACCUGCUGUUCAGAGCUUCCCCAAACUCCCUCUGCGCUGCCCGUGCUGUGGACAAGAGUGUUCUCCUCAUGAAGCCAGAAGCUGAACUGUCACCGAGCUCUGUGUAUAAUUUGCUGCCAGUGAAGGAAUUGCAUGACUAUCGCUAUGGCCCACACAUGAUCUUGGAGGAUCCCCUAGAGGACUGCAUCCCUUUGAAGAAGAUAAUUCUGAAUGGGAUUACCUAUUCUCCAGUAGUGGAGGUGAACGAAGAGGACACUUACAGCAUCCUAAAGGAAAUGGGUUUAAAGGUUUUCACAAAUUCCAAGGUGAGGAAACCUUGGUAUUGCAGCACUGGGAAUCACAUAUCUCUAGAAGCCGGCCCUGUAUCAAGCGCAAUCCUGCCUGGAGCACCUAUGCAUGCACUCAGGACAAGCGGUUCACAAGGUGAUAGACUGUAUACCACAUCAAGCACUCCUGAAGAGGUGACAGAGACAGUUAGAAAGUAUUUCCCAGAAACUUGGAUUUGGAGUUUAGUAUCUGUAAGCUCAGAGGGAAAUGCUGAACUAGAUGUGACCAUCCCUGACACCAUCACCGAAUGGAAAGCCAAUGCAUUCUGCACCUCAGCAGAUGCUGGUUUUGGCCUGUCCCCGACCGUGUCCCUCAGAGCCUUCCAGCCCUUCUUUGUAGAGCUCACUCUGCCCUACUCCGUGGUGCGCGGUGAGGCCUUCAUGCUGAAAGCCACCGUUUUCAACUACCUGACAGCCUGCAUCAGGGUCAGUGUGACUCUAGCUCAAUCUACUAAUUUCCUGGCUACCCCAGUGGAAAAGGAAGAAGAAUCUUAUUGUCUCUGUGAGAAUGGAAGGAAAACAGUGGCUUGGCUGGUGACUUCCCGAUCUCUAGGGCAGGUAGAGUUCUCGGUGAGCACUGAGGCCCUGCAGGACCAGCAGCCCUGUGGGAAUGCAAUAGUGGAGACUCCUGAGAAAGGGCGGAAAGACACAGUGAUCAGGCAGCUGCUAGUGGAGCCUGAAGGGAUUGAAAAGGAAACAGCGCAGAACUAUGUGCUCUGUGUAAAAGGAGAGCCUGCAAAAGAGAAGGUUUCCCUGUCGCUCCCCUCAAAUGUCGUACAAGGCUCAGCCAGAGCAUAUUUCUCGGUGCUGGGUGACAUCCUGGGCACUGCCAUGCAGAACCUGCAUCAACUCCUCCAGAUGCCAUUUGGCUGUGGGGAGCAGAACAUGGUCCUGUUUGCACCCAACAUCUACAUCCUGGACUAUCUGAACAAGACAGAGCAGCUGAGUGAGGAAGUCAAAUCCAAGGCCAUUGGAUACUUAGUGAGCGGUUAUCAGAGGCAGCUGAACUACAAGCACCCAGAUGGCUCUUACAGCACCUUUGGACCACGUUAUGGCCAACCAGGAAACACCUGGCUCACGGCCUUUGUCCUCAAGUCCUUUGCCCGGGCCCGGCCUCACAUCUUCAUAGAUGAGAAGCACAUCCAGGAUGCCUUGGUCUGGCUCUCCUACAAACAGAGGGAGAAUGGCUGUUUCCACAGUUCUGGAACACUCCUGAACAAUGCCAUGAAGGGAGGAGUGGACAACGAGGUCACGCUGACAGCCUACAUCGCUAUUGCAUUGCUGGAGAUUCCUCUGCCUAUAACUGUAUGUGACUGCACCCCAGCCUGAGACACUCUAUGCUGGCCCAGUACAGGCCACUACCUGUUCCAUAACGGAAAGAUGAGGUGGUUACUGGGUCCUGUGAUAUGAAAAAAGUGUGAUGUCACUUUUGGCAUCCCUAGACACCAUGGUACUGUGAUUGUUCCUACACCUCAUUCUGGCAGAUACUUCCUCAAUAUCCUGGGGAACAAUGGAUUACAAGUA